CAGCCUAUAUUUGCUGGCUUUUGAGCAUGUGUAAAAAUAUGUUUCCAUAUCUAACAGGAAAACAAAGAAGAAGAAAACAAGUUCAUCAAAAUCUUCAAAGUCUGAUGCAAAUGAUGAAGAUAAAUCGAACACGGAAACUGAAAUAGUAAUGAAUCCAGCCAAUGGUCAAGAAGUUGAUCAAGUAUCCGGUUUUGAACGAGGCCUUGAAGCUGAAAAAAUACUUGGUGCUACAGAAGUUGAUAACGAAAUCCAUUUUCUUGUCAAAUGGUAAAGUAUACAUGAUGUCAUAAUUUUGAUUUAAAGAAAUUCGGCAACUACCAAAAAUACAACAUGUAGUCCCAGGGAAUAUGCCAUAGGUUACCCCAAUUACGGCGACCCCUUAAAAUUAAUCACAUAAUUACAUUACCAUCAAUAACGAACAAUCUAGACAGUAGAACAAACUUACAUAAUGACAUCAAACAACUAUAAACAUCUUAAAACACCAUCCAGGGACCUGGCCCUUCUACAUUUAACACAUACAGAUUUCCAUGUACGAGGAUCAUCAAUGUUGUAUAGCGCGUUCAUAUGAUAACUCUGUAGAUUUAAAAGCAUGCAGUCCAAAAUCUCUUUGACGAAGGUCGCAACUUAAAAUGUUUCGUGUCUUGCAUGCUCUAAUAAAGUAAGAAAUCCGAAAUGUAACAGUUUUGCAAAUGGUAUUGUCCCCGAGUACUAAUUCCGCCCGGCUAUUUACACCCGGGGAAAGGAAAGCAUUAGCGAAGUCUAAAGUUCGUCAAUAAUCGUGGGUGCGUGACUAUGGUAUGGUUAAUGGGUGGACCUCACUGAUCUCAAAAAUAUAGCUGUUUCCCCAGGAGUGGGAUAAGUAAGAUUUCAAAUUUCAAAAACAUAUUUGGAAAGUCACGUCUCACACAACGAGCUUUCAAGCAAUUUUUGUUUGAAGAAAUAAGAAGAAUUGAUUUACUAUGGGAAAUCGUGAAAUAUAGGGCAAGUUUGCUUUGAAUGUUUAUGAAUUUUGUUGCUUUAAUUCCUUUUCAAUGAAGAUGUAAGUUUCCUGAAUUACCCUGUUUAAUUUAAGAAAAAAGGCAAAAUGUAAAGGAUAGCAAAUUAAUUUGAAGACCUAACUGAGAUUACUCAACAAUAUGAACUUAUUUUGUUAUAGGUAAAAACAGUUUAUCGAUCGGCAAAAGCAGUUUAGUUGAAUAAACAUUUCAAAACAUUUUACGCUCCGUUUCAGAUGAAAUUUUACAUUAAAUCAAAGCUCACAAAAGCAAAAUAACAUACCUACAGUACAUAUUUCAGAAAUUCAUUGUUAUAAUACAAUUUCCUAAAAAUUAAGUCUAAACGUGUGGAACAAUUACAAUCCAAAAAAUUGUCAUGCAUAUUUAACAGAGAAAAAACAUACUGAAAUUCAACACAAUUAUAUGUACAUUUCUGAUUAUAAAUUUCGGAUUUAUCAGACUCUGUGUGUUCAUUGAUGCGUUUGUAGAGGCAUCUGUCCGUUUUCCCAAUAUAGGGAGAAUAUCACCCAGGAUACGACAAUUUAUAUACAACCGAUUCUAUACAAGGUUUAGAAUUUUUUGGGAUGUAAAUGUGCUUGCAUCAACAGUUUUACAGUGAGUGACAAACUUGACUGGUUUCUUAAGUUCUUAAGAAGCCGAGAGAUCUUACUGUACGUGUGCAGUUUCGAUAGACAAUGACCGGCCAAAAAUGCCUCUUUGUCACCUUUUGCCUCGCUGGUUACUUUCACUGAUCGUAUUGGAUGUCUUAUAACAGAAUUUUAAAUCAUUUAUUUUCUUCGGCAUUUCUGCUGAAAUAAAGUUACGGAAAACUGUAUAUUUCAUGAUCUUGAGUAUGCAAUUUAACUGCAACCUCCGGUUACGCGCGACAAAAACAUUGGGGUUUUUUUUGUGUUUUUUUUUAAUUUUAUUAACUUUACAAUCAUAUUAUAUAAAAAUACACAUACAGCUAUGAUUGAAGGAUUGGACAACAGAACUAGAAUCCCAUACUAAGUCCAUCCAUCUAACACUAAAACACGACAUAUUACGGACUACAAACUGGACAACGUAAAUACUGAUUUCACAGGCCUUUAUACUAUAUAAAACAUGCAAGAAUAAAUACAUAACUGCACUACUGUGAAAUUAUUUGUGAGGUUCAGUUUUGACCCCCACCACCACCAAUACCACUAGUUAGAAACCACUAACCACUUACAUGCAAACCAGGUCAGCGCGAGGUAGUGAUAGCGGUAAUGGAAGUCAAAAGCGAGUCCAGCCAUUUUACACCAGACUUUAGUCCUAACAACACGUAUUUUACAAUAUAAACAUGCAAGAAUAAACACUACACUAUCAAAAUUAUUUGCGAGGUUCAGAUUUGACCACCACCACCAUCAUCAUCACUAGUUGGAACCACUAACCACUUACAUGCAAACUAGGUCAGCGCGAGGUGGUGAUGAUGGUAGUGGAAGUCAAACCCAAAAACCUCGCUAUUUAACACCAGACCAGCUACGAACAGCAGGUGAUAUUGCUCGAGCGACACUUCAUGCAAAUAGUUUUCCAUGUCCUUGGACGCUCAACAUCAAAGUCCUAGUUUAGUUUGUUGUUGCGCAAAACAUAAGUAUUUGCUAGUUGUAGUUGAAAGGUUUCGAUUUCAGUAAAUUGAAAAAAAAAUAGUUGAAAGUCUUGCAUGCACUCCUUGCCUACUCCAUGUGAUAAGGUUUUGUCCGAAACCAUUGUAAUAACGAUGACAACGUUGACUCCUUUACAAUGAAAUUACUAAUGUCUUGAGCAUUUAUGCGAUGUUGUUAUUUGUUUCACUGUAACUAUAUGCGUAUUAAGUAAUCAUAUCUCGUUGGCCAGUCAUUUUGACCGGCAACCUGUUAUUUUAAUCCUGCACAAAUAGCUUCUGUUUUGGAGUAAUGUAUAUUUGGAGCAUAUUUGUUUUGUUGUAUAUUUUGUUUUGCAAUGGGGAUGAUUAGCACUAAAACUGUUGCGUGCAACCUGUUUACUUACAACUUGAGCUGUACUGUGGAGAUUAAGCACACAAUUCGCAUGUGACAACGUAGUAUCAACGUAGCAUCGGAAAUGUGCAUCGUCUAAAAUGAUUUACCUGAGUUCUAACACUAGUCAUAAGAAGUUAUAUUUCCAACAUUUUCAGGAAAGGCUCAGAUGAUGCCGACUUAGUACUUGCCAAAGAAUGUAACACCAAAUGUCCACAGACAGUUAUUAAAUUUUAUGAAGAUCGAGUUACAUGGAUACAAAAGAAUGAAGACGAUGGUGACAAAGGUAAAUAUCCAGUGCUACCAAGAGCAGAGGGGAACUAGCCAGGAUUAUCAAUCUACCCGUCCAUGCAAAAAUGUUUCCCUUGGGAUAAAUUUGAAAUCAGAUCUUUAUCUUCUAAAACCGUGAUUUUAGCAGUCAAAAGAAUACGUGUAAAAUUGCACUCAAAACUGAAGAGCAAACAGCAUAGUUGACCUCACCAAUCACAGUUAAUAGAAUACAUGGUUUGGAGACUCGAUAAAAGUACAAUAUAACUCAUUAACUAUGUUGGUUUCGGUUUAUGCAAGAAUUUGGGCCUAUCUCGUCACGUGUCUAUUGUAUUUUUUCCCGCACAACCAAUAGCAAUGCUUAAACUGAGCAUUUGUUCAAGUUACGGAUGGAUAACUCAACCACAAACUUGUUAUUGGUUAUUUGAGCGAAAAUACAAUACACACGUGACGAGAUAGGACCAAAUUCUUGCAUAAAGCUGGACAAUAACAUAGUUAAUGAGUUAUAUUGUACUUUCAUUGAGUCUCCAAACCAUCUAUUAAAAUAACUGUGCACCAAUUGCCGAAGUUUUUGUUAAAAACAAAAUAUUUCGCUAAUAUUUAGGGAUGUAACUUAUUUGCUUGUGGAUGUAUGUGCAGGGAUGUGCAGUGACUGUUGAAUGUGAUGUUAUAGCAUAAUUUAAGCUUGUAUAUGGUUGUAUUAAUUACUAAAGACAAAAAUACAAAAUACUGGAGUUUUUUUGCCCGUCCACAUUAAAAAAUACACGUCCAAAUGACGGGUGGACGGGCCUCUGGUUAAGCCCAUGCCCAAAAUAGAGAAUCAUGAGACAACCUUCACUUGCUCGCCAUUGAGCAAGCGGGCCUGCUGUUGGAAAUAUAUGAUGUCAUUAUGAAAUAUUUUGCCCUCUCCAUAAAAUGUCUUGGCCAAACUUCAUAACAGGUUCCAUUUUCCUCAGUCAUUGAUAAUUUUGGGAUCAUCCUCAUGACCCUGAUAUACUUAUCUUUUUAAAAGUCUUAAAUUGGAAUAGGCCAAGACCAGUUUAAAUCAUUGAAAAUGUCGUUAAUAAUUAAACCUUUAAUUUAUUGUUGUGUUGGGGUUUUUUUCUAGACGAGGAGUAAAGAUGUAAGUAUUAGUUGUUAUGUAUCAUCACAGAGAAAGGAUAUUAAGAACAGUGCGUCCUGGUAGCUCUUUAUAUAAAGUGCUGUAAAUAGCAAGAGACCUGAAGAAAUGUUUUUAGAUAACGUUGGUUGGAAUGACAUUGUAAAUUGCUAUAUAUACUUACAGUAUAGUAGUGUUGUACAUGCUCAUUGUAACAGGAUGUUUAGAUCCAGUGGGAGUUCACGCACUAAAUAAGAAGUUUAUGUUCGGAAACCUCUAGAAGGAACGCAAGAUCUCUAUGUUUUCAUGGAGAUAUACUAGCUUCAACAUUUAUAUUUUUUAAACUUACUAACAGUAAGAGAUUUUCCGACUGUGUUGUAAUGUAUCAAAUUUCACAAAUAAAAUUUUCCUGCUCGUUCCUACCAUAUGAUUUUGCCAAAUAUAUUGGUGGUGUUCGAGCAGAUUCUACCGAAGAUUAUACUGUUAUGAAUUCCGUACUUGCACUGGAUGUAAACGUCCCUAUAUUUCACAUUAAAUUAAACACUGUUUACACAAGACGUGAUUACAUUCUUCGUUACUUGCUUAAAUAAACGCAUGUACUUCACUGCAGUGUUGUUUAGUCAUGUAAGAGACAAACCUUUUAAUUUCGUAUUACUAUACAGACUAACAAAUCAACCUGGUGUUAUUGGGAGAAGUUGAUAAGAACCGAUGAAAUAAACAAACAUGAAAACAAAUAUAGGCUUUCUUCGAGUAGUGGUUAGGAAAAAAAAUAUGUGGGAGGUAGUAGGGAAGUGAGUGUUCUGGCGCAUUUUCCCGAAAAAUCCCGAAUUUCUCAAAUUUUGGAAAUCGGGUGGUGGAUUCUGGUGCAUUUUGCAAAUGCGCUCCCAAGACCUUCCCAGAAC